AUGGAGAUCGUUGACGACAUCAGCGGAGUACCUACGUACAACGUCUACAGCAAGGGUCUACAAGCGCGGCAAACACUACGUAAACCGUAUCAGGCUUCCGCCAACUUUGUAACAGCCCCAGCUGUAUGGCCUGGUUCGACAACAUAUACUGGAAAUUCAGCUCCUCAGGAUAGGCCCCCCGUACUUCAACAGGAUCUUGUCGCAGCCCCAGUGCCGCCUCCGAGAGUACGAGAACCUGUAAUCGAACCACGAAGACCAGGGAAAACCCGCUUAGGUUUACCUAUCACACUUCACAACCAAGAUGUCCUAGCUACAGUGUUAGCUUGUGCAGAUACUGGCGCAGAUGUCAACAUCAUGUCAGAUGACGUGGCGAAGACAUUGGGAUACUCAGAGUACGAUGUCCUAUCAGAGAGGAAACAAUUCGCACUAGCCAAUGGUAAAAUUGUAGAAGCUAUAGGUCAAAUCGAAUCGGUAUGCUCUUUCGGCAUCGAGACCGAGCCAUCGGCAACAAUGACUUGCAUCUUCUACAUCCUGCUGAAGGCUGCGAUGCCUAUCAUCGUGGGUUUAGAUUUCUUGGAGCAGACCAAAACGAUGACCGAGCACAGGGAUAGACUGGUGCGCGUUAAAAGGCCAGCUUAUCAAGCUCUUUCUGUAUGCUCUGUGGGAAAGCCAAGGCGUUUACUGGAAUGCUAUCUGGACUUCAGGGAAACACUAGCAAUUCCUGAUACAGGUUCAGAGAUUAACUUGAUAUCGUCCUCCUUCGCAUAUGCACGCGGUUUCGACGUCUACCCAGGAGAAGAACUGAUCGAAUUAGCGGAUGGGAGUAUAUCAAUCACCGCCGGUUUCGUACGUGCAGAGGUAUCAAUCUAUAUACCCAACUUCCACCCUGACGCCCCUUUCGAGGUUUGCGACACGAUCGACCUUUUCUUGCUAGACGACCUAAUCCAUGACCUCAUCGUGGGCGAAGAAGCAUUGACAGAGCUAGGAGUUUUCAGCGAGUGCCAGCAUGCUCUCAUACCUGCUCCCCAUGACUUUAAGUUUCUGGAGGUGAACGGAAUUCGGCAUCUCGGCCCUGUAGAUCGCUUCUUCUCCAGAAUGAAACAGGCAUUCAAUGGGGCUAGCUCCAACGGCAAAAUUGAUGAGAAUGUGAAGACCUACGGAUUGCAAAAUUACCACACGAUCAGCAGGAAGCUGCUCGAGCGGCUGAGGUAG